GAAGAUAGAAAAAGGAUGGAAGAUAGAAUUAGUGAGGAAAAAGGAAAUGGGUUGGCAACCGUUACAACUGCCCGUGCGCAUCGUAUCAUCAUCUUCUACUCCACCUUCACUUCUAUGGCAAUGGAAUCCUUUCCAUUCCAAAUUCCAUAUCUGCAACUCUCUUCCUUUCAAUCGCAACCCUAAAUAUCCAAACAAUAAUUUCUCUCUUUCCUUCAAUCAUCUUCUCUCUCGUCGCCGUCGUUCAAUUCAGCUCACCGGAGUUGGUGCAGAUGGCUCAGACGCGACAACUGCUACAGCUUUUGAAGAAGAUGAAGUGGAACCCACUGCUGAAGAUCUUGAAUACGUUAGCCAAAUCAAAAGAGUAUUGGAGUUACUGAAGAAGAACAGGGACAUGUUAUUUGGAGAGGUGAAGUUGACUAUUUCAAUCGAGGAUGCUAGAGAAGUUGAGCGAAGAAGGUUACUUGGAAUUGAUGAUUCUGAUGCACCAACAAGAGAGGAUUUGGCUGCUGCUUUAGAAGAAGUGAACGAGGGAAAAGUUCCACAAAAUCGUAUUGCCCUACGCAUGCUUGCAGAGGAGAUGAUUAACUGGCCAAAUUUGGAGGCUGAAGCUCCGAAGAAAACAACAAAAACCAAAUCCCUCUAUGCAAAAGCAACCGAUACUGGCAUUGAUCCUAAAGUAGCUGCAAAGAGGCUGAGUGUUGACUGGGAUUCAGCUGCUGAUAUUGAGGCAGAAGAAACCAGUGAUGAGACUGAUGUGCCUCCUGCAGUGGGAUACGGAGCAUUGUACCUCGUCACAGCGUUUCCGGUCAUUAUUGGGAUAUCAGUUGUGUUGAUAUUAUUCUACAACUCCCUACAAUAGAGGAUUUUUGUACAUUCAUGCUUCUAUCCAGAAUGUGUUAUUAGGAUUUACUUGUACCUAAUAAUGUUUAUAUUGUAACACUAUUAGAUUUUUGUUCUUGAGACUAACCUAAUUUCUCUGUCCA